AUGACAAUGCCAGCGUUUGCCAAUGAAGUAGUGCCAGAAGAGCUAACAGAACAAGCUACUGCAUUAGAGGAAAUGGUGGUACAAAGUGAUGAAAUCGACCCAGGAGACCCAACGAUCCCUAUAGAGCCAGUAGAUCCUGUUGAUCCAACAGAGCCCAUUGAUCCAAUAGACCCCGUUGAUCCAGUGGAUCCGAUUGACCCAGUAGAUCCAGUAGAUCCUGUCGAACCCACGGAACCAGAAAAGCCAGUAGAACCAGAAAAACCGGUGGAUCCUGUUGAACCAGAGAAACCAACCGAGCCAGAAAAUCCUGUAACGCCAAUUGUACCAACACCAACGCCAACUCCUGUUGUGCCGACACCAGAAGCACCCGUGACCACAGAAACCGGACAGACGAUUGUUGGGGUUGAAAAUGGUCAAGUGAUUGUCCAAACCACUACCGGAGAACAAAUCAAAUUAGCAGAAUUACCAGAAGGUGUCACAAAACAAGCUGACGGAACGCUUGCAGUGAAAACGAGUGAGGGAUUAAAAGUAUUACCUCAUACGGGCGAGGCAAGCCGUGCAGCGUUGUCAGUUGUGGGCGUUAUUAUUAGUAGUUUAAGUGUUUGGUUCAUGCGUAAGCGCGCGAAAGCAUGA